CCAGGUCCACAGGGUGAAAAGGGCGAUCAGGGCGACCAGGGACCGCGGAUGGUCUUCCCUAAGAUCAAUCAUGGCUUUCUUUCUGCUGACCAGCAGCUUAUAAAGCGGCGCCUCAUUAAGGGCGAUCAGGGUCAAGCUGGUCCACCGGGGCCUCCGGGCCCUCCAGGCCCUCCCGGUCCCCGGGGUCCCCCAGGGGACACAGGCAAAGACGGGCCACGCGGUGUCCAGGGUCUCCCGGGUGAUCCUGGACAGCCUGGAGAAAGUGGACCAAUGGGACCCGAGGGCCCGCCAGGGUUGAAGGGUUCACUCGGGCCACCUGGCGUGGCAGGUGCCGACGGACUUAAGGGGGAUUUGGGUAUGCCUGGAUUGGACGGCGUUCCAGGAGCAAAGGGUGAAAUGGGAGAGCGAGGUGAAAAGGGUGACAUGGGAGAAGACGGUGUGAAGGGAGAAAUGGGCGAGAAGGGCGACGCUGGUUCUUCUGCAGCAGGAAUCAAGGGGGAACCUGGUGAACCUGGACGCAGUGGACACAAGGGAGAGCCAGGACUUCCAGGGCUGCCUGGACUUCCAGGGAUAAAGGGGGAGCCUGGUUUCCUGGGUCCUCAGGGAGAACCAGGACUCCCAGGACUACCAGGAACCAAGGGAGAAAAAGGCGACCAUGGGCCACAAGGAAAAGGUGAACGAGGAGACGUUGGUGCUCCUGGACCCAAGGGAUCCCAGGGCGAAAGCGGUGCACCUGGCUUUAAAGGUUCAAAGGGGGAGACAGGUGAUAAAGGAGACCUUGGACCUGCUGGCCCUCGGGGUCCCCCAGGGCUCAAAGGGGAUCAAGGAGCCACUGAGAUCAUCGACUACAAUGGAAACAUUCAGGAAGCUCUUCAGAGGAUAACAACUGUUACAGUGACGGGCCCCCCUGGUCCUCCAGGUCCUGCUGGUGCUCAGGGUAUUAAGGGUGAUCGUGGACUUCCUGGCCUUCCGGGGCUCGAUGGAGAAAGAGGAUAUAAAGGCUCAAAAGGGGACAUGGGGAUGCCGGGAGCCUCUGGGGAUAAAGGAACAACUGGUUUACCUGGUCUACCUGGUGUCAAUGGUGCCAAGGGGGACAAGGGCGACCCAGGCCUACCUGGCCCUCAGGGACCUUCAAUUGUUGGACAACCAGGAGCACCAGGCCCUCAUGGGCCUCCAGGUCCCAUGGGCCCCCAUGGUUUUCCUGGACCAAAGGGGGAAGCUGGUUUGAAUGGCGUGAAAGGGGCACGUGGAGAGCCAGGUCACAAAGGUGACAGAGGGCCAUUAGGUCUUCCUGGAGCCUCUGGCUUGGACGGCAAGCCUGGAAUCAGGGGAGCUGAUGGACCAUUAGGUCCGGCUGGUCCUGCCGGGCCGAAGGGAGACAGAGGCGAGAGUGGACCUCCCGGAGAACCAGGACCUCGAGGACCGUAUGGACUUCCUGGAUCGGCUGGAACACCAGGCCUGGAUGGCUUACCAGGCUCAAAGGGAGAGCCAGGUGAAGCUGGCGAAAGAGGAGAAAAGGGGGAGAAGGGAAAGAAGGGCAAAAAAGGGCCUAAGGGCGAGAAAGGAGAACAGGGUGCCCCUGGAUUAGAUGCUCCCUGCCCAUUGGGUCCUGAUGGGUUACCGAUGCCAGGAUGCUGGCAGAAGUGAUCUAACCAGACACGCAUGGACUUUGUAAAUAAUGCUUCUAUGAUGCUAUUUAUAGUUUCAUUUGAUUUGUUUGGGUUUUUUUUUUUUGAUGGCAAUGAAUCUUAAAAGAGUCAAGUGUGUGUGAACACAGAGUGCACAGCCAGCAGCAGAACUCUGGACUGGAGAGCAGUGCCUCUGGUCCGAAGAGACAUGAGCGGAAGAGGUGGCUCCUUGAGGCUGCGUCCACAUCAUGACGGCACAGUUUGAACAGGAACCGUGAAGAGUGUUCAUUAUUUUUAGAAAACUGAGUGCUAACUUGGUGCAACUUGGUCAAGAGAGCGAGUGUGUGUGAGACACGAGUGUCAUGAAAGGAGCAGAAGAUGAAAGGGAAGGUUUAGACAGAUGCAGAAAACAAGCCCAGUUGAUAAUGCAGUCACUGUAAAGGUGCCGAUGUUGCGUUAUAGCACUGAAGGUUCGUAUACGGAAGCGUGGCACUGUGGACGCAGCCUCGGCCAAAACAGGUUUGAGUUUUUUCAUGUGACUCACCUCGUCGUUUUCUAAACAACUAAAAGGAAAAAAAGUGGCAUGAGUUUUUCUGUCGUCGUGUUUAAAUGUGUCACUGUUCGCUCGUCGUCUUGGCUUCUGCAAGAAAAACAAACAAAAGUCACAGCUCUCCUCCUCCAAUCCUCCAAAGGGCCAAACCCCGUGGCUGGUCGCCUGAGUCGUCAGGAGGAUUGCUGGAAUGAUUGAUUGAUUGAUUGACUGACCGACAUCCUGGUCACAUGUCAGCUCCUCACCCAGAGCAGAACUCUUAGGUGCAACCACUUUGAUUGUCCACCUGUUCGGCGGCCGCUGAGUCUCCAGGAGCUGAUUCUCGGGAAACUUUGCUGCGGACAGGAAACCCUUGGAGAGUUUUUGCUUGUUUGUUCUUUAGCGUCAAAUGUUGCUCUCAUUCUUAAGAUUUCUGUUUGAAGCCUUUGGUGCCUCAAGGUUUGAUGCAUUCCUUUUUGUUUCUUUUUCAAUUCCUGUUUUAUUCUUCAACUGUUGUCGACAUGCUGUAUCGAUCAAGCUGCAUGUACACUUUGUUGACAGGAAGUGUUGGAAAUAAGCUUUUAUUUUGAAAGGGCAUCAAACUUUUGUGGAGGUGAUGUACUUUGCUGAUCAUCUCAUUCAUGUUCAGGGGUCUAGCUUCCAUGUGAAGUCACAUUCCUGACCGAUGGAACAAAAUCAUGUCAGUGGAUUUUUUUAUUUUAUUUGUGAUUGACUGUCAAAUAUAUAUGCGACAGAUAGUCGGUCUGGGGUCAGUGUUUAUGAAGUUUGUGUAAUAUUUUGCAUAUUUGUUUAACUUUAUUUAUUUUUUAUAUGACUUGUAUGAACACAUUUUAAAUAGCAUUCCGAUCAUGUUUGGCUUUAGCUAAUAUUCUGGACUCACAGGUCUCACACACACGAAAUGCAGCAUGACGAAGGCACAUAACCGUUUCACACACACAACAAAGAUAACAGAAAAGCUGCACCCUGACGGUAUGUGAAACCACACAGGACCUUCUGUCAUAGAGUCACACUUUCGGCAGCAACAUAAAAAUGUUGGCUGAUUGAAAUUCAUCAUUCACAUGGAAACACAACAAAAACAACCUUAUCAGAAAAGUAAACAAAACACACUCCAGACCAAGAACUCAUAAGCUUUGGAUCCAUUUCCCCCGACGACAAAUAUCACUGUUCUACGUCUCUUUGUAUUGAAUGUAGCUGAGUUUGUGUAUAGUGGAUUAUAAAUAUAAUCGUGCUCAUUUUGACAAGAAGUGCAAUUUAUAUCAUGGUUGAUGUCUCUACUGUAAAUACCACUAUUCGUGUACAGACACCAGCGGACGCGUCCACUGACUCUUACUUCUUUGUUUCCAUAUCCGUCCUCUCUCGGUGCUGUAUCUUUAGCAUGUGCAGUUAUUUUUCUAUUGAUUUUAUUGAGUUUCUUUGAAGAUUACUGCAAGUGUGUUCACUUGUUGAUUCUGCUCUUGAGCAGAAGUGCCAAAAUAUUUCUACGGUUUAUUUCGGUGUGUUUGUUGUUGGGACGAUGCUCUCACGCCUUCAGUGUUGUACAGAAGCAAUGGAAUAUGAAUAAAUUGCAAAGAUGAAUUUCA